AGACCUGUAACAAAUUAAAUGAAUAUUUUCGAAAUUAUACACUUUAUUCGGAUGAAAUAAUUUUUUUUUUUUUCAAUUUUUAAACAAACGUUUUAACUGAAAUCGGAUUUCAUAGAAAAUUAUAUUUAUAACUCAAUUUUUUGAAUUAAAAGAAAUGCAGACAUUUUUUUCCAAGUUUAAGAAUUUUAGAGAAAAUCGUUUCGAUACUUUGGUUUUAAUUAUUUACAACUACUUUUUAGUUUUUCUCAUUUCAAAUAAAGACAUGGAUUGGACGUUUCAUCCAUUUAAAAAUGACUUCAUUGCUGACAACAUUGGACUUCAAUUUGAUAAUCCCAAAAUUCUUCCAAAAUUUGGAUUGGUAUUUCGUUUUCUUACAAUUGUAUGUAAUUUGUUUGGGUUUCUUCCAGUUUGCAUACCGAAAAGAAAAUAUCGAGAAUUUCUUAUGCCCGUUCUUAUAUGGAACGUGUACACAGUAACAGCACUGUUGAUUAAUCUCUGUCAUACGUUUAUUUCAAUUAUAUCAUUACAAAUUCCAUGGAAAGCUGUUUUCAGUGUGGGAAUAGCUGGUGGAUUUGUUACAGCGUUAUUUUUAAAAUUAAUAAUUCAAUUGGUUAAUUUCUAUGAUCAUCUUCAAUUCGUUCAUUAAUGUUUGUUUGGUAUCUCAAAUUUAUUCAAAUCUUCCAAUGUGUUCAUUAAAUUUUAAUUUGUGUGGUUUAUCUUUUUCAAUAAUACUUACUUGCAUCAAUACACUUUGAUCGAACAAAUAAAUUUUUCACGAAAUUUCGACAUGGAAAAUUCUUUGGAAUUGGCCAAACACCAA